UGCCUAGCACCUUCUCAUGGGAAGGACCGACGCAGCAUCUGUGGCUCCAGCCCAGGGGAGCGCAGCGCUCGAGCGUGUCCUUGGCCAUGUGGCUGGUCGGUGGGCUGAACAUCACCAUGCUCAUUCCUUACUGGGUCUCCCAGCUCUGCGGAGGGCUGAUAGGAGCCGGCCUGGCAAAGGCCGUAGCGGCGAGCGAGCGGUACGUGAAUGCCAGCGGAGGAGCCUUCAACAGCAUCACGGCCGACGAGCAGAUCCCCUCCGUCCUCGUGGGCGAGAUCGUCAUGACCGCCUUCCUGAUCUUCGUGGCCUGCAUGGGCGCUUUCAAUGGGAAGACCAAGACCGCGCUGGCCCCUUUCUGCAUCGGCUUCACGGUCACGGCCGAUAUCCUGGCGGGGUGA